AUGUGCAGCUACUGCUUCGGGGCCUUAGUUCUUCCCCACCCCCCUCCUGGAAUCCGAUCCCAAAGUGAUCCCUGUGGAUUUUUAACAUAUUUUAAGAAAAUAGUCCUAGAAAAUAAUACCGCAUCAAAACUAAGAACAUCUUUUGCUAUUGUUGUCAUUACCAUCAUCAUUAUCACCAUCAUCAUUAUUAUUAUAAAACAGGUACCCAAAAUAAGGAAGUCUGACAAGAUGCAGAAGGCAACUUUGGAGGCACUAUCCGUGGUGCUGAUACUGUUUUGGGGACAUCCUCAGGAUUCACUUGCAUGCCCUCACCCAUGUGCAUGCUAUGUUCCUACAGAAGUUCACUGCACAUUUCGAUCUUUAGCUUCAGUGCCAGCAAGGAUUUCUAAACAUGUGGAAAGAAUCAAUUUGGGGUUUAAUAGCAUACAGUCUAUAUCAGAAGACUCAUUUGCAGGACUUACCAAACUGGAGCUUCUCAUGAUUCAUGGCAAUGACAUUCCAAGUAUACCUAAUGGAGCUUUAAAAGACCUAAUCUCUCUCCAGGUCUUCAAGUUCAGUUACAAUAAGUUGAGAGUCAUAACAGCACAAACCCUCCAAGGGCUUUCAAGUUUAAUGAGACUACACAUUGACCACAAUAAGAUUGAAUUUAUCCACCCUCAAGCUUUUAAUGGUUUAACUUCCUUGAGGUUACUCCAUUUAGAAGGAAACUUGCUUCAUCAGCUUCAUCCAAGCACAUUUUCUACAUUUGCCUUUCUGGAUUAUUUUAGACUCUCUACAAUAAGACAUCUUUACUUAUCUGAAAAUGUCAUCAAAACGCUGCCUGUUGGAAUGUUCUCAAACAUGCCGCUUCUGGAAAAUCUUUACCUCCAUGGAAAUCCAUGGUCUUGUGACUGUGGGUUAAAAUGGCUCCUUGAGUGGGAUGCAAGAUCUAGAGGGAUUUUGAAAUGUAAAAAGGACAAGGCGUAUGAAGGCGGCCAGCUGUGCUCUGCGUGUUCCAGUCCCAAACAGCUGAACAAGCAGGAGAUUUCCAGUUUGAAAGACGUUCUUUGUACUAAGCCUGUCAUACAAUCACCUCUAAAACAAAACUUCAGUAGCAGCAAUGAAGAGAUGGGUGAAGAUGAUGAGGAGGAGGAGGACAGCUCAGUCUCCCUGGAAGAGAUUCAAUUCUCUCCCUGGAACAUCACUUUAAAUAUGACUGAUGAGCAUGGAAAUACAGUGAACUUGGCGUGUGAAAUCAAGAAGCCCACAGACAUUUCAAAAAUUCAACUAAACCAAAGUGAUCCACAGGAAAUUGAUAUUAAUGCAACCAUUGCCCUGGAACUACAAUGCCCAAUGAACCGAGAAAAUUAUGAAAAACUAUGGAAGUUGAUAGCUUAUUAUAGUGAGGUUCCAGUAACAUUACAACAGGAGGUCAUACUUAGCAAAGACCCCAAAGUCAGUUACCAGUACAGGCAAGAUACAAAUGAUGAUGCCCUCUACUACACAGGGGUAAAAGCCCAGAUUCUUGCUGAGCCAGCAUGGGUGAUGCAACCAUCCGUAGAUAUUCAGCUGAAUCGGCGCCAGAGCACUGCCAAGAAAGUGCUGCUAUCAUUAUAUACCCAGUUUUCCCAAAUAAUCCCUACGAAAGACUUGAGACAGCAGAGAAGCAAAAGCUGGGUAAUGAUUGAGCAGGAUGAAAAAGUGAAAACAGCUCAAACUGUGAUUGAAGGGUCUGUCUGUCAUCUGAACUGCAAUGUGAAAGCCUCAGAAAGCCCAACUCUCUUAUGGGUACUUCCUGAUGGCUCCAUGUUGAAGGCUCCAUUUAAUGAUCAAGACAGCAAGUUUUCUGUCCUUAGCAGCGGUCAGCUCAUCAUCAAAUCUGCUGGCCGCUCCGACUCUGGUUUGUACCAAUGCAUUGCUCAAGUGAGAGAUGAAAUGGACAGGAUGAUAUACAGAGUUUCUGUCCAACCUCCUAUCAUCCAGUCAACCAAAAGACAUAUAGUAACAAUUGAAAAAAAUCCUGAGGAGCCACUCAUAUUGCCCUGUAGUGCCCUAGCGAUACCUGACGCCGAGCUUAGCUGGCUCCUGCCAGACAAACAGAUGUUGAAUGGAUUGUCUAACUCGACACAUGCCUACAUGUUGGAAAAUGGAACUUUAUUCAUCCCUAGUAGCCAAAGUAGUGACAGUGGCUACUACAAAUGCAUAGCUAUCAAUCAACAAGGAGCAGACCAUUUUAUUGUCAAGGUGACAGUGAAUAAGAGAGGCGCAAACAAGUCAUCAAAAAGAGGUCAACUAAGAAAGCGCCCAGGUUCUAAGACUGCUUCCAAAAUAAGAGACAAUGUGAUAGAGGAUGAAGGGGGUUCAGGAAUAGAAGAGAUAGAUAAUUCUGCCAGUAGAAUGCUUAAUCCAAAAGACCAAGAAGUACCUAGUAAGCGAAGGAAGGAUGCUGUCACUGGGACACAAAAUAAAAAAAAUAAAAAAGGAAGGAGGAAAAUGAAACAUUGGAAAGGUUUAGAAAGAGCCCCAGAGACAAAUGUUGCAGAAGGCCGGAGAGUGUUUGAAUCCCGAAGGAGAAUAAAUAUGGCAAAUAAACAAAUUAAUCCUCAGCACUGGGCAGACAUUUUGGCCAAGGUACGUGGCAAAAAUCUUCCCAAGAGUACAGCAGUGCCUCAUAGUGAUCCUGUUAUUAAAACAACAACGACAGCUUCAUUUGUGAGACAGAAAACUACACUUCCACCUCCUAUUAGGAGCCCCCCACUGAAAUCCAUUGUGCAGACAACACCAAAUACAGAAGAGUCUUCAGCAUCUGAAUCUCUCUUUAGUGAAGAUGAACUGGUUUCAGUCACAAUUUCUCCAACAAAUACUGCCCAAAGUGAUUCCAGAACCCUUCUUGCUGAAGCAAAGAUAACACAAACCCACAUGGAAAAAUCAAUAGCUCAUGGGGCUCUGGAAACUCCUAACCCUACACAUGUUGCAGAAACUCCCUCUACAUGGAUUGACCCCACAAUAACAACCUUUUUACCUUCUAAGUCAACUUAUUUUGAGCCAUCUUUGAAUCAUUUUCCUAAGGAUCCAAUCAAUGAGGAGAUAACAGAAAGUUGGUCUACAAUAGACAGUAUUGAUUUUUCAGUGGGUUCUACAUCAAAUCAGGGUGAGCUGCCAUUGGAUACCAUUAUCUUGGCAGAGUCUGAGACCGUGACAUACCUUUAUCCAGGCUUAAAAACUGAUUCACAGUCCAGCAAAGGCCAUAGUGAAGACCCCACUUCUAUUCAAUUCAUUCCAAUUCGUCCAGAUGGAGUGAGUGAUUUUGAUGUUCCAAAGAUUGGGUCAAAUGAUUUAGAUCCUGCAGCCUUGCCAUUUGAAGACUUACUUUCUGGAGACCACAAUAUUCCAAUACAUCAACAGCCACAAGUAAAAACCAAGAAAGUUCAAAGCAUUGGUAAUAGGGUUCAUACUCGUGACAACUCAUCAGUUCACCAGGAUACUGAUAGGGAAUAUGAGACAAAUCAAGAAGAAAAACUGGAAGAAGUUACUACAAGCAACACAAUUUCUGAAAGGGCUAGGCACAGUGCUGCAUCUGCCACAGAAUCUGAAUUCUCAUAUAACGUGGUAACUACUGCUAUUCCCCUCCAGAAGCCUGAGCAGAUGACAUCUUCUACUUCUACUAGUGAAAAGCAUACCACAAUGGCCACAAGGGCAGCUUUUACAACUGACUACACAAAGAACAUUCCCUCUAGCUCAUUGAUAACACAGCAAUCCCGAAGAAGGCCCCAUGGGAGAAAACGAUUGAGACAUCACAAACUACAUCGGAAAAGACCAAUUCUGCCAACUGCUUUUGCUAUAGCAGAGACAUCUCCGAGUCCAAUAAUUCUUGUAACUGAACCAAAGAUUGCAGACAAAGUAGAUAUUUCACUUGUUUCUGCUCCAUGGGUUGAAAACAAAACUACUUUUCCAAAACAGUUAGAAAAGAAAAAAUACGUAGAGACAGUUACAAAAGGAGGAUCACGCAGGAAACAUCCAAAGAGACCAAAAUUAAAUCAGAUCACAACUACAACAGUAUCUUCUUUCGAUAUGGAAUCAGAAACAACUAUUUAUCCUACAAAUAAACUUGUUAUAUCAACAACAGCUACAAGGCAAACUGUAGGUCUUCUUGCUGCUACUGCUCCUUUGGCAACUGAAGUCUUACAUAAGAAAAGAACAAAAGAGAAUAUCACUACAGCUCCUCCUGCUACAGAAAUACAUUCAUCUCAUCAUGAGGAAGAGACAACUUCAUACGUGUAUAAUUAUUCUUUUAAUGUAGAUUCAGACAAUAAAGAAAUUGAAAAUGAUUAUGGAGUCACAGAUAGCAAUGCCUAUGAAACCAGAACUGUGGCACCCAGUGAAUCAUUUUCUGGUGUUGUGUCACAUUCUGACUCAGUUGACUCAGAAGUUACAAAAUUUAAAAAAGAAUUCCUUGGUUUGGAAUCUUCAAGUACAUCAAGUUGGCUGCCUAAAAGGGUAGUUCAAGGCACAGUGCCUCCAGUAAAAGAUCCAAGUGUUCCUAUAACUACUUCUCAGGAAAGCAGUGAAGAUUCAUCAAUUUUCAAAGAAUCACCUUUUCCUUCAAAAUUUGCAACACGAACUGAAGUCCCUGACCCAUCUCGAUAUGAAGAAAAAUAUAUCUCCUCUGUUCCCUCAACCAGAAAAAUAGAAUAUCCUUCACAUCAAGUAGAAAUCAUUUCCCAAGAAAGUUCUGCUGGACAAGACCCUAAGAAGAUGUCCUUAGCUGUUACCCAUUCCAUAAUAAGAUUAGACAAUCAUACUGUCACACCGAAACCAUCUAAGCAGAUGACAUCCACAAUUCCACCAUCUCCAUCCUUGGUAGAACAUAUGGCAUCUCCAAUUGCCUUGAUACCUUCUACAGAAUCCACCACAGUUCCAUCAUUACAUUUUUCAAGCACUUCUAGCUCAUCUACCCAAAUGCCAAUGGAGUCCAAAGAAAAUACCAUAUUUAAUCAUGUAGGGUCUCCGGAAAGUAAAAUAUCUGAAAUAGAUGAUCAGAAAACAAAGUUAGUUUUCAGUGCCAAUGAAUUUCCCACACCCUCUUUCAACCAAAAUAGAAUUAACUUACCUUCCAAACAGGAACAGUUCAAAGAAAUACAAGGCAGUAGUUCCAACAACCAAUUGCUCCAGGGUUCAGAUCCUCCCUAUCACCCAGGAAGAGUGCCUAUCUUCCACAGAAGACCUGCCGUAGUGCCUGGAAAGCAUGUGACACCAAGAGUGACUAUAAGGCCACCACACAUAACAACCCCAGGCUUAUAUAAGCAUUUUAUAACUUCCCAAUCAUUUUUUCCUUUUACUAACAAACCAGAGAUAACAUCAUACCCAUCACAGAAUAGUCCAGAUAAAAGACUUCCUAACAUGCCAACAUUAACAACCACUACAAUGACCAUCCCAUUACCCAGGCCCAAUCCAAUUUUUCCUAGCACAUCUGGGCAUCCAGGGACCAACCAUUUUAAUGCCAAUCCCAAAGUGUUUGGGAAUAAUUAUAUUCCAGAGCAAAAAGGCUCAGCUGUAAAGGUCCCAAGUCCUAAAAUCCCCUAUACAGCAAAUGGAAGAUUUCCCUUUCUGUUUAAUAGGACUCCUACAUUUACACAAUUAGGAGUUACUCCGAAGCCACAGACCACUAUCCUGCCUAUCUCAGUGAAUAUAAGAGAGAAACAAAUAUCUGGCCCGUACAUCCAGAUUUCAACACCAGGUACCAACCAUAAUGUCAUAGGUACUUCUAGAGCACCUUCAAUAGUCCAUACUCCUAGUACUAGAUCAACACCUUUAAUUAAUUUUAAAAAUACUUCUCCGGUAUUUCCUACUAGGAGGACCAUUCCUCAUUCAGCAUCUACCGUUCAUUCUUACAGAAAUUUUCAUCAUAGUAAUUCUAAAAUCACAUUUAGUGGAGGACCACCUGCUCCUAGUUUCUGGGCGCUGGGAGAAAAGCCCCAUAUCAUUACCAAGUCCCCUCACACUUUAUCCAUCAUUGCUGAAACAGAUGUUGUCCUUCCAUGUGAUGCGACUGGAGAACCCAAGCCUUUUGUUACUUGGACAAAGGUUUCAACAGGGGCUCUUAUGACACCUAACACAAGGAUACAACGGUUUGAAGUCUUGAAAAAUGGUACCUUCAUUAUUAGGGAUGUCCAGCUCCAAGAUCGUGGUCAGUAUAUGUGCACUGCAAAGAAUCUGCAUGGUGUAGACAAAAUGAUCGUCACAUUAUCAGUGACAGCUCAGCAGCCCAAAAUACUAGCUUCCCACUAUCAGGAUGUCACAGUUUACCUUGGAGACACAAUUGCAAUGGAAUGCCUGGCCAAAGGAACACCACCCCCACAAAUUUCUUGGAUUUUCCCAGACAGAAAAGUAUGGAGGAGUGUGUCAACUGCUGAGGCCAGAAUUAUGCUUCAUGAGAACCGCACCCUGACCAUUAAGGAGGCUACCUUCUCAGACAGAGGAGUUUACAAGUGCAUAGCAAAUAAUGCUGCAGGGGCAGAUAGCUUGGCUAUUCGCCUCCAUGUUGUAGCUCUACCUCCCAUCAUUCACCAAGAGAGGCAGGAGAACAUCUCACUGCCUCCUGGUCUCAGUAUUCAUAUUCACUGCACUGCCAAAGCAGCUCCUCUCCCUAGUAUUCGCUGGGUGAUCUUUGAUGGCACUCAAAUUCGUCCUUCCCAAUUCAUCAAUGGGAAUUUGUUUGUUUUCCCAAAUGGAACACUUUAUAUCCGCAACAUUUCACCUAAAGACAGUGGAAACUAUGAAUGUGUGGCAGCUAACAUGGUUGGGGCAGCCAGGAGAACGGUUCAUCUCAAUGUCCAGAAGACUUCUGCCAAUGCUAAGAUCACUGGGAGCUCCCCUCAUAAGACAGAUAUUACUUAUGGUGGCACCUUGCGCCUGAACUGCAGUGCUUCAGGCGAUCCAUGGCCAAGGAUCCUCUGGCGUCUGCCUUCUAAGCGAAUGAUUGAUUCAUUUUUCAGCUUUGACAGCAGAAUCAAAGUGUUUGGAAAUGGCACUUUGGUAGUUCAUUCUGUCACAGACAAAGAUGCAGGGGACUAUCUGUGUGUUGCUCGGAAUAAAAUCGGUGAUGAUUAUGUUGUUCUGAAGGUGAAUGUGAUGAUGAAACCUGCUAAGAUAGAACACAAAAAGGAGAAUGACCACAAAGUUAUCUAUGGUGGGGACCUCAAGGUUGACUGUGUUGCUACAGGUUUUCCCAACCCGGAGAUUUCCUGGAGCCUUCCUGAUGGCAGUAUGGUCAAUACCUUUAUGCAGUCAGAUGACAGUGGUGGACGGACAAAGAGAUAUGUUGUUUUUAAUAAUGGGACACUCUACUUCAAUGAAGUGGGAAUGAGGGAGGAAGGAGACUAUACCUGCUUUGCUGAAAAUCAGAUUGGGAAAGAUGAAAUGAGAGUUCAUGUCAAAGUGGUGGCUGAGCCUGCAGCAAUCCACAACAAAACCUACUCUGUUAUCCAUGUUCCUUAUGGGGAUGUUGUUACAGUGGCCUGUGAAGCCAAAGGGGAACCUACUCCAAAGGUGACAUGGCUUUCUCCAACCAACAGAUUAAUUCCAAUCUCUUCUGACAAAUACCAAGUGUUUAGGGAUGGUACCCUUCUUAUUCAGAAAGCCCAGCGUUCUGAUAGUGGGAACUAUACAUGUGUGGUGAGGAACAGUGCAGGGGAGGACAGGAAAAUUGUCUGGAUCCAUGUUAAUGUCCAGUCUCCCACCAUCAAUGGCCACCUCAAUGCUAUAACAACUGUCAGAGAAGUAGCUGCAAGAGAGAGUAGAAAGCUCAUUGACUGCAAAGCAGAAGGCGUCCCAGCACCACGGGUCUUGUGGGCUUUUCCGGAGGGUGUGAUUCUUCCAGCUCCCUACUAUGGAAACAGAAUCACUGUUCAUCGCAAUGGCACAUUGGAUAUUAGGAGUCUGAAAAAGACAGACUCGGUGCAGCUGGUGUGUAUAGGACGCAAUGAGGGCGGAGAGGCCAAGCUGAUUGUACAGCUCACUGUAUUGGAUCCGUUGGAGAAACCUGUAUUCCGGAACCCAGUCAGUGAAAAGAUUACUGCCAUGGCAGGUCAUACUAUCAACCUUAACUGCUCAGCUGAGGGAAAUCCUGAACCCAGCAUUGUUUGGAUUCUUCCAAAUGGGACAGAACUUCAAAGCGGAAAACACCUACAGAGAUUUUACCACAAAAAGGAUGGCAUGUUGCACAUUAGCAGUCUCUCUGCCGCUGACGCUGGAGCUUAUCGCUGUGUCGCUAGGAACAAAGCUGGCUACACCGAGAGACUGGUGUCUUUGAAAGUUGGGCUGAAGCCAGAAAUCAGUAAUCAAUACCAGAACCUGGUGAGCAUCAUCAAUGGGGAAACCUUGCAACUUCACUGCAUUGCUCAGGGAAGUCAGAAAGCCCGAGUGUCUUGGACGCUGCCCAGCGGCAUGGUUUUAGAGAGUCCGCAAGUAGUUGGGCGCUUCUCCCUUUUAGAGAAUGGCUCACUGACUGUGCAGGAAGCCUCUGUAUUUGACAGAGGAACCUAUAUGUGUAAGGCUGAGACAGAGUAUGGCUCCUCUGUUAUGAAUGUUCCGGUCAUCGUAAUAGCUUACCCUCCGCGAAUCACUAGUGAGCCAACACCUGUCAUUUACACUCGGCCAGGAAACACAGUGAAAAUGAACUGCAUGGUUAUUGGGAUUCCCAAAGCUGAAAUAACGUGGGAGUUACCAGACAAAUCACAUCUGACAGCAGGAGCUCAGUCCCGCCUCUAUGGGAAUAAAUUCCUUCACCCUCAGGGCUCAUUAAUCAUCCAGCACUCCACACAAAGAGAUGCAGGCUAUUACAAGUGCACUGCAAAAAAUAUAUUAGGCAGUGACUCUAAAACAACUUACAUUCAUGUGUUCUAACACACCUUUUUAUGUUGAUGGACUCCCAAGAAACUGCAAAAACAAUAACAGUAAGUAAAGUGUCAUUUGAGAAGAAGGUAGACCUGAAAAAAGGGAAUACUAUUAACAGAACAUUGCCACCAUGGAGGACCUAUUGGUUUCAGAGGAUUACUUGGACUCUUUCCCUUCUUGCCCAAGGAAGCAAUGUAGACACUUUAAUGUGGAGCCAGCACCUUUUGGGGACUUACUUUCAUGUUUACAGGAUAUAAUGUGGUUUCAUGUGCUAGUUCAUGGUACCAAGACUUCAGCUACAUAUUACUGUUUAAAGCAAAGCUACCCCCAAGUGGCUUGACAAGCACCUUAAGGAUACCAAAGAAGUAUUAACUGUCAAUGAACUGCAGUGAUUGAAAAACAAAAAGUGCCUUGUUACCACAUUGAGGAUGCAUCAUUUAGUUACCUCCUUGCACAUAAUCAAUCCUAUCAAAU